AUGAAUACCUCAUAUACACUACUUCUAUCCACACUGUUUGCAAAACGGAGGCAUUUAGUACAUGGAAUAAUACGCAGUGGUGAAAUUUUAGGUCUAAUUACCAUACCAGAAGUAAUAAAAGGCUAUUUUAGUUAUCAUGGGAAUUACGCUUCAAUGUUUUACACCACUUCAACGUUCAUAUUGUUGGUAAUAAGCUUGUUUAUUGCCAUACCGUAUCCAUUUGAGUUGAAAUUAUUUGACGAUGAUAAUGAACCUUUUGGAAACAGAAAUAUAGAACAGUUAAAUGCUCGAUUAGCAGCUUUUAACUUUCGUUUAUACGAUGAAAAGUAUCCCUGGGUGAAUUAUCCUACAGUUAAUCAGACAAUUGGUAUACGACGUUCCUACUUAGUGUUAUUGACAAAAAAAACUCAAAGAACUAAAAGAAUGCCAGAUCUUCGUGAAGAAAUUAGAGACAAAAAAACUGAUGACUGCCCUAUUACACAAAAUUUUACCAAUUACUUUUCAAAACCAUCACCAAGUGGUAUAAGACCUUUAUACAGAGACGAUAUACACUUUGAAGGAAAUAUUAAUUUAUUUUUUUCUUUGACUGAAAAGCAAGCUAUUUUGGAUUAUCACAAAUCUGUGAGUAGAUUAAUAACUGUGGAAGACAUCUAUAGACCAUACAGAAAAGCUAUUUGGCAAGUUACCAAAGAUCCCAUCAGACGAUCUAUACUAAUAGUUUUUGAUGUUCGAGGAAUAGAAUUUAUGACCUAUGUCAUUCUUUUAGGAGUAGACGGAAUUGUCAAUUUCGUUUUUAAUGCAGUUUUAACAAGUUACCUAAUGUUGACCGAUAAGAUUUACAUGCAUACAACACAUGAUAGUUUUAUGCUCAUUUGCCUAGGACUUUUACUUGGUCAAUUCAUUGGAUACAAUUGGUGGGAAAAGGAAGCGAUAAAUGUUUCUUAUAACGUUUCAUUCCUGUGUGUAUUUGCUAGUGGCUUAGCUAUCCAGUCAAAUGUGCAGUCUCGUUAUAAGAUUGUGAAAAUAUUAAGUCUAUUGAUUUACGGUCUAUUUACCGAACUCUUUUAUUGUAGUAUGAAAUCCAUUUAUUGUUAUCGAAUCAAUAAAAUGCGAUCUACUCAAUUUCACACAUAUGUGACACUUGUACGUGGAAUUGCAUCUGCUAUCUCAUUAAUGUGGAUUGGUAAAAUGAUACAGCCUAUAGUAAACACAAAAGAAAUCACAUCAUUUGGUAGUAAGACAUUAUUAUGUAAUGCUUUCUUUUUAUUUUUUGGUCAUAUGUACUUGGAUUACCGAAAAAUUAAAUCAUAAUCUGGAAUUAAAUAUAUUUUACAUAUAAGAUUUUCAUGGUUAAAUGUUAUUUAUAAGAUAGUUAAAGACAAAAAAAUAUAUACCUUAGUAAA